GGAAUGUAGCAGAUAUACUGUUGCAGACCAUGCUGGUGAGGCUAAUGAGCAUCGGACAAGGCACAAUGGAUUUGGUUAAACAUUUCUAAAACACCGACCAGCCGCAUAACGGACUGCCAGAGGAGCCACCUGCUUAAGUAAUGAGGCUGGUGUGAAAGACUGCGUUGGAGUCAAUAAAUCAAGAGACUAUAUCACCCACAAUGAUGGAUUCAAGAAGAACAAGAAACUUUCGGAAGUAUAGCCUGCAACAGGCUGUUAAGAAUGCAGAGACCUUUAUUGAUAUUGAUUUUGAGAGAAAAUCAGUUAAUAAGUAUUCAAUUACCAGUGGAGGAAGCUGCAUAGAUGAAAAAGUGAAGAAAUUGUUUUUACGAACAGGGCAAGCUCGGAGUGUUACAAAUGCUUUUGCACAAGCAGACAAAGGAGAGGAUCACUUUGGGCUUUCGAACGUGCAGAGAUCUGUACGAAAAAGCAAGACUCAUGACUGUGUUGUAUCCAUGGCACAAGAAGGUGAUUAUGUCCAAGAGGAUAAACCCCAAGAAUAUAAGGCAAUGUCAUCAGCUGAGAAAAAUAAAGACAGAAUCAUCAAUGCCAUAAAUUUCUCAGAAAUUGCUGUGCCCACAGGGCCUUUUGUUAUGAAUAGAUUGUGUGAAAGCAGGGUCAAUACCCAAUCUAAAUAUUCAGUAGUUGACCUUCUAAGUCCUUCCUCACAAUCACUUCCACCUUUCACAAAAUGUGUUACAAAUAGACGGCUUUCACUGAGGAAGCCCAAAAGAGGCUUUAGAGGCCUGUUUACAAUAAGGAAAAAUAGACAGGAGAAAGUACUAUUAAGACCAAAGGACAACAAACAAGAUUCCAAAACUUUCAGUUGUAAAGUGGCAUUAAGACCUAAUAAAAAUAUAUCCAGAAGUUCAAAGAUUUUAACUCAUGCUGGUGAUUCUUUAGCACAAUACUUUACUGAUAGUGACCCACCCUCAGACUCAUCCCUUGAAUAUAGUAGCACUCUCUGUGAAGACGUUGCUUCUUUGAAGAGCUUUGAUUCCCUCACAGGUUGUGGGGAAAUCUUUGCUGAUGAUGAAAAUGCUGAUCAGCUGGAGACAGGUCACAAUUUUAAAAAUGCAACUGAAAAAUGUGAAGACAAACAGACUCCUUCAGGUGAAUCUUUCCAAGGUGGAGGAGAACAGCUUGCAUCACCAGGACAAUCAGACAACAUGGAGCUAAAUGGAUUUUGGAAAAAUAUGAGCAACCCUGACACAGCAAGUGAAAUAGUUCAGGAACCCACCAUAAAUGAAGAAACCAAAUGCUGCUUAGGACUAAAUGCUGGGAUUGAACAGUUAGCUCUUUCACCUUUAGAAUUUCACAAAAUCACUGAGAAAGAAGAUAUUGAGGAAAAUGAAAAACAUGUAGAUGCUUACGUAGAGUUGGGAACACCACAGAGUGACCAUCAGGAAUCAACAUCAACCAGUGAUGAAGGGUACUAUGAUUCAUUUUCUCCUGGGCAGGAAGAGGAUGAAAGCAAACGAUCGCAAAGUCCACGUGUAAGUAGACAAUUUCCCAGGGACAGCUAUAGUGGUGAUGCCCUCUAUGAGCUUUUCUGUGAUCCAGAAGAGCCUAGGAUGAGUCCUAUCUCAGACGAAGAAGGGUCCUCAGUGCAGAAUAUUGUGGCUCAACCCCAAACUCCAUUGUCUAUGUAUAGUUUUUAUGUAGGAGCUGAAGAAAACAUGGCUUCAUCUCCCACUGUGGAUAUAAACUGUCAUGAGUUUUUCCAAGGCAGUUGGAAAGGUAAAGAAUGCUUACUAAAACUGUGUGAUACUGAACUUUCUUUGGCAAUGGGUCUAGUAAACUGGCUUAGGCAAAAGACAGAAACAAGUGAGUUUGGUUUGAACAUUCCAAAUAAGACUGAGCAUCAUAAUGAAACAAGGGCAGAGAUAAUCAGUUUAACAAGUAUACCUACCUGCCAUUCUGCCUCCCGCACUGGUAGAAUUGCAAAGGAAAGUGAGGAUAAAAUUCCAGCCAAAGCCAAGUCAAUGAUACAGAACAGAAAACUUGAAAAUAGAACAGAUCUUUCUCAACAAAACAGAGCAUCCCCAGUUGAAUCAUCCAUGGAUUUAAUGCCCAGAGCUGAUGAUCCUGGACUCUCAGAGAGUAAUCACAGUUUUGCAAGGAAGGUCACUUUAUUAAAGAAGGAUAUGUUUCUGGCAUCUCCCCCUCAAAGAGAGUUUAACAAGACAUUGGAAACGGUAAAAGAGAAUGCAGCCAUAUUGGAGCCUAUAAUCAUUGUGAAAAUCAGUAAAGCUCUCCUUUGUCCGAACUGUCGCAGAUCAGUGGAGUCCAACCUUCCUGAGGUGAUACUGUGCUCUUCUUGCUUUGCCGUUGUUGGAAAAUGCAGCAUAUCUGAUUUGUUGAGCAGUUAUGAUAAAAAAAACCAUCAUUCAGGACCAAAGAAUGAUCAGCAGUGUUACUGCAACAAUCCAAGGCUACAAGAGGCAGAUCAUAAUGUGUCCCAGUUACUGGAGGACAGUAUUAGACAUGUGGCAUCCUUAAAAACGAAUACUGGUGGGGCUAGGCAGUCCUGUAAGGAAGCUACUAUUGAGGACUGCCUAUUUGUUCUUGCUUUGCAAGCUAAUCACCAUUACAAAGAAUGCAAAAACACUGAACUUGCUGAAAACAAUGCAAGUUACAAUGGAAGAGCAAAGAAAUCAACUAAAGACCAAAAUAAUUGCACAGUGGGGAGCAGUAAGAAAGCAAAGGAAAAUGUUUCCGCACAAAGUCCUGAAUUUACUGGAAUGGAAUCAUUUCAUAAAAUUGUUGAAGAACUGACCAGCUCAGGUACUUCACAGUCCAUGUCCUUGAUUAGAACAGCCAAGGAGAAAUCUGAUUUAAAGAGAUCAAGCCACUACUGCAGUACCAUUGUUUUCAGUGAAAAUGCAUGGCCUCUCAGUUUGGAGGUGCCCAAUCAGUCUGAUGAAUUACAACAUGAAGUAAUUUCCGGUGGAAACACCAAAGCCACAUGUCCCAAGGGGAAUGUGCACAGCAUAAGUGUAAAUGAAAAUGCUUAUUCAUCUUCUCAACCUUCUUGCUUGCCUCUUUCAAAAUCAGCCUGCUCGGGUCUCCAAACUUGUUCUUACCAAAUGGAAAACUCCAAAAGUUGUAGGAAGUCUUCGUCUCAUCAAGGCAGUCUUUGUUUCAGCUCGUCUCUCAGCUCCCCUUCUCUACCCACAGCUUCCAGAGACAAGACAUUUUCACUGCAGAGUAUAUGUAGCCAUAUCCCAACUCAAGAAGAUUGUAGUUGCAAAGAAAGAGGAAAAUCUGAGAAAGUAAAACCAUAGCUGACCCACCAAGCUGUGCCACCGUUGACCAAGGAGGCGAAGGGAGCAACAUUCAUCAUUGACCACUAAAGAGAAGACAGCAAAGUGAUUGUACUGAGCUGCAGCAGUGAAAACAUAAUAACCUUUCUUUCCUUUCACAAGAUCAGUCCUAAUCACUAGCCUCUCUGCCAACAUCACUGGGAAUGCUCCACACCUUCCUGGCAAACUACUUUGCAAAACUACAUAUCUGGAAUGAUUAUCGUAGCAUCUGGCUCUGGUUGAGAAUAACAAUUGCUAUAAUUAAAUGCAUGAUCUGACUGGAAGGACUCAGUCCAACCUCGGACAACUAUUACAAUGUCAGAGAGUGAUUUUCCCCCUCUGUCACAGUGUUGGAAGAAACUGGGCAAUCCAGUGAUCUGAAUACUGGCUUUCCAUACAGCGCGAUAGCUUUAUAGAUCCCCAACAACAACUUGGAAACUAACAUCUCUGAUUCUUACUAAAGAUUGAAUGAUGCUUCUUCGGUUUUGAUGAAUGUUGCAGCUAAAUAGUAAAAUAAUUAAGCAUGUUUCACUGCUGAAUUUUUUCUUAGCUCGAUUUGUGUUCUUCAGAAUUUCAACUGACCCAGUCUCCAUUGUCUUUAGGAGAAGUGAGUUCUAAAUUUUCGGACCUUUUGUGCAACGUAAUAUUCCCUUAUUUCACUUUCGCCUGGCCUUAAUGAUCUCCUUUCCAUUUGUCCAUAAAAAUUAUGUCUCACUAUGCAAUGUCUUUUGUUCAAUAAAUACAGUGAGGGACAAACUUACAGGGUCAUCAAUGAUCCUUUGAAAGGAUCAGCACUUGAUAAAGAAAAAUGAAUUGCAAAGGGCCCUAUUGGCUGCUACUGGCAAUUUCCAGGUAGAGGAAACUGUUAAUCGAUGGUUUUGCAUCUACAUUAUAUACUUAAUGUGCGCCAUCUCAUUCUUUUCAUUUUGGUUUGGUGCAUGGUUUCUGGGCAUGUUGCAGAAUUCAGUGAUUCACUGGCAUCUUAUAAAUGAAACCAUUGAAGGCAGGUCCAUUCUACUAAAUGCAGGUUUGGCUUUACUAGAAUGUGACAUCUGCCAGAACUAUCCUGAUGGCAAUAGUCAUCAUCAGCCCAUGUUUGUCCAACAAAUUAAUUUUGUUCCCCUCACACCCCUGCCUUUCAUUGGUAAAGUAUUUGGCACUUUGCUGGGGUUUGGAUUUGUAAAUAUCAAUUCACCGUUGGUGAGCCUUCA